AUGAUAGGCCAGGUGGUCCGCCAGGAAGUCGACCUCGGUCUCGGUCCGUUUGGAAUGAUCUACAGCAGGACAAAAGCCGUAGAUUUUUCUACGUUUCUUUCUUUCGAUGCUCAAUCGAUUCUAUCCAGGAAGGGCACCCCUGAAAUCAACCCGUGGGGGUUCCUGUUCCCACUGACGGGGACAGUGUGGGGUACGGUGGCGGCGGCACUGGCGGUGGUGUGGCUGGCCACACUGCUGGUGGGGCGCCGACCUGGAGCCUCUGUUUCCCUGACCUGGACAGGAGAAGUGUUUCUGCAGAACGUGCGGGUCUUCCUUAACCAAGGUCUGGCGGGCGUUGUGCUUGGACAAGGCGGGGUGGUAAUGUUGGGGUCGUGGGUGGUGGUGGCGGCCGUGGUGUUCUGGAGCUACACGGGCAACCUCACCUCCUUACUGGCGGUGAGAUACAUUCCACAACCCAUCCAGACUGUGAGGAUUCUACUUGACGAUCCUUCCGUGACUGUCAUCAGGAUUCCUAUGACUUAUUUUGCGGAAAGUAUAUCGAAAAUUGAAUCAGGAGAGUUGCGAGAGCUACACGACCUGGAUAAAGUGGGUCGUGUGAUUUACGAGACUUCAGAUUUAUAUUCAAUGGUUGAAAAUUACGUGCGUCAUGGCGGCUACUCCCUCAUAGAUGCUGCCUUUUCUCUUGAUCUCCUGAUGGCUGACAGCUUCCUCAAAACAAAAACGUGUGACUUUUACAAGUCAAGACAGACGAUGUUCUUUACUGGGGCCUACGUGAUCAUGGAAAAAGGCAAUCCCUUGUUGCCAGCCGUCGACCACAGGAUAAGAGCGAUUGUGGAAUCCGGGUUGUUUGAGCACUGGAUGAACAACGAACUCCAUGCAUACCGCAGCAACUGCCAAUUCUCGCCCUCCAUCAUCUUGGUGAGGGAGCCGCUGUCCCUCGCCAACCUCUGGGGGUUGUUCUUAGUGCUCGGGACAGGAAUGCUGUUGGCAGCGAAUGUCUUCUAUCUGGAGCUGAGCGUUCCCCCGAAGCCAACAAGCAAACCAUGAAGAAGCCGUGUAGUUCAACUUGUCCUCCUCGUCCGAGGUGAUGCACCAGCCUGCAGCCUCCACACUUGGCAGUGUUUGGCGCGCACUCCUGUCAUUUCAUCACGUUACUUCGUGCUUACAUUAAUCUUCUCUUCUCAAUA